AUGACAGCCUGUCAGCUUCAAUACAUGCAGGGAAUUAAGGCAGGAAAAGGUUAUAUUAAAGAGUAUAAUAAAGGAGAAGUCCUAGUUGAUUCAUCUGUGGUCGUCGCUGAUGAAGCCAACUUUGAUGAAGCCGUUGCUGAUGAAGUCGUAGCCGAUGAAGAAGUAGCUGGUGAGGUUGAUGUGUCUGUUGUGGCCGAUGCUAAUAGUGAUGGUAAUGUUAGUUAUUCAGCGGGAGAUACAAGCUCAGGUGAACAGUCUCCAGUGGAGUCCUCAAAACAGAAUAGUGUGGAUAAUUUCACCAAGUAUUUGAUUAAAAAGGAGCUACUGAGCAAUGGACUAAUUAAAUUUGCUGAUUGCCCAAUGAAUUAUAGAUCGUGGAAGGCUUCAUUUACCGGUGUAAUCAAUGAAUUGGAACUGGUUCCAAGGGAAGAGCUAGACCUACUAACCAGAUGGCUUGGAAAUGAGUCACAAGGUCAUGCAAAACGAAUCAGAGCAGUGCAUGUGCCAAACACGAAAGCUGGCCUGAAGGCAUUAUGGGAACGCCUAGAUGAACUGUAUGGAGCGUCUGAAAUACUGGAAAAGUCAUUGAUGAACAGAAUAGAAAGUUUCCAUAACCUGAGCAUUACAGAAAACGCCAGACUGCGAGAUCUUGGGGAUUUAUUAAAGCAAAUUCAGGGAGCACGAGAUGAUGGAACUUUGCCAGGCCUAGAUUAUUUGGAUACUUCGAAGGGCAUUAGUAACAUCGUAAAUAAGUUGCCGUACUUAUUGCAAAAGAAGUGGCGUACGAAAGGUGCACUGUACAAACAGGAAAAGGGUGUCCCAUUUCCACCGUUCAGUAUUUUUGUAGAAUUCGUAAGUCAGCAGGCAAAGAUUAGAAAUGACCCUAGUUUUGCAUCAUCACAAGCCCAGGCUAACACCCGUAAACCGGCAGCUCGAUCUUUCAACACAUCUGCUAAAGUAGAAAAGAAACAUGGAUGCCAAGCAUGCGGAGAAAAUCACAGCAUAUGUACCUGCAAGUUGUUUAAGGAGAUGAGCACUGAAGAAAAGCAAGCGCUUGUAAGGACAAAGAGGCUGUGCAAUGGUUGCUUAAAAAGAGGACAUAUAUGGAAAGAAUGCCGAAAGAAAAGCAUAUGUGAGAUAUGCCAAGGGAAACAUCCUACUGUUUUGCAUAUACAUAGACGCAAUCCAACAUCAACAAGCAACGCACCUCAGACAGUAUCAUCAUUCAGAGCAGAAUCAAGAGAUGAUGCCAUGUUACAAAUUCUACUCAUUAAUAAUCCCAGUGUAGAAGAAGACACUGUGAGUUGUGAACGGAUUGAUGGGCUUAUCAUCACGGGCUGGCAAGAGGAGAAAAUUAUAGAGCUUCCAUGCUCUUAUACCAGAACAAAUAUUCCAGUUACUCAGUCCCAAAUUCCCACUUCAGAGUCAACUAAUGGCUGGGCACACUUGCAAUCAGUGAAAAAGUUCUUGAUGCCAUACAAUGGUGAUAUAGAAGUUGGGCUAUUGAUAGGUGCUAAUUGUGCCAGAGCCCUGAAGCCUAGAGAGGUAGUGCCAGGCCAAGAUGAUUACCCUUAUGCCAUAAAAACAUCAUUAGGCUGGGGAAUAGUUGGGUUAAUUGGAGGUAGAAAGGAGUGCAAACUUGGACAUGUUGUUUAUAGAACCACUACUAAUGAAAUACUCUCUAUGUUCGAGGCUGAUUUUGUUGAGAGAGAAGCUGAACCAAUGUCAGUCAAUGAUCGGAAAUUUAUAGAGGUCAUGGAUAAACGAGUUUACUCGUUACAAGGGUCCUCACUGAAUGAUUACCUUCUUCAAGGUCCAAAUCUGACGAACAGUCUGCUAGGUGUCCUGUUGAAGUUCAGGGUGGAACCGAUUGCAAUUGUUGGAGACAUCGAAGGGAUGUUCAAUCAGGUUCUAGUUCGACCUUGUGAUAGAGAUUUCUAG